AUGGAGUUAGCGUACGAUAUACCUUCGUCAUGCUCAGGAGUCGUGACCAAUAGGUGCGACCUCAAGGUUGCCAAUCAUGUAUUGGAGAAGCUAGAUGAUGCACAUAAAGCUCUAUUUGUGCAAUCAUGCUUCCGGGCACUAGUGCACAUUCCCAAUUUGAAAUUGGCGUCUCAAAUAAUCCACCACCUUCUUCAAAGGACUUUGAAAUCAUCCGAGAACGAAAAAGACGCUAUUGUGCAUGAUGUGGAUUCGUACGAGGUCCCGGAAAGAAGUAGUUCGCUUUUGCAUUUAUUCAAAGGGAAGCAAGGGAAGCUAACAAAGAAAGAGUUGCUCAAGAAAUUUGAUGAUUUGGUUUAUGCAUUUGAGGCACUGCCUGAGCUUGGAAGAAAAUUUGCUGAAACUUGUGGUGUCGGUGGCAGUCAUCCGAGAAUUUUGUCUUGGAAAAUGACAAAACAGUGGCGAAGCGAGCAACUUAGUACGUUUUUCAACACGUUAAAAGUUCGACGAACAUUACAACCUUCAAGGGAUGAAGUUCAAAGUUCAUACUUGAAGGAAUUCCGUAUUGUCCCUGAAGAUGAGGAAGAAGAAGAAGAAGAAGGAGAAGAAGAAGAAGAAGAAGAAGAAAAUGAGGAUGAGGAUGAUGAGGAAGAGGAGGAAGAGGAAGAGGAAGAGGAAGAAGAAAAAAAUGAUGCAUCUCAGUCUGAUCCACCACAACAGCAAGUUUUUGGUGCUGAAGAGAUUUCAGCUAUAGUCAAGGAGGUUGUGAAGGAUGAGAUGAGAUUAUUUUCUGAGCAAAUGGAAAUGAAGAUGGACAAGUUUUCUGAGCGAAUGGAUGUGAAGAUGGACAAGUUUUUUGAGCGAAUAAAAGAUUUAGUUUUUCAAUCAAAAGAUAGUCCAUCUACCCGUGCUACUUAUGACGGGACAAAUGUUGAUACGGAGACCGCUCGAACAGUAGAUGGUGUUGAAGACACGAUCAAUUCACCAUCUCCCAUGCCCGAGAAAGAAAAGGUGGGAGUUCAUGAUGACGUGGGCUUGGAGAUGAGGGCAAAAGAUAAAGUUGUCUUGGUCGAAGACAAAUUUUCUGAGGAGGUUGUCUCACCAAAGAAGAAUGAACAUGGAUUGGAUACCGGUGUUGUGACCGACCCGUCAUCAACGAUGUUCCAAGAACGACAUUUGGAGAUCGAGGAAACCGAUGAAGAUGAUGCACCCGAGUCUCCUAAGGGAAGAGGCCACCGGAAGAAAAGAAAGGCAUUAGUUAAGUAUGCCGAAGGGAAACUACCCACUCAUGCAAGGCCGUGGACUAGUUGUACCAAAUUGUAUGUUCCCUUUUGUAAUGUGAAUAAUGAACAUUGGGUAGCACUCGACAUUGAUCUCUCCAAAAGAUGCAUUGAUGCAUAUGAUAGUUCAACGAGUGUCAUGCGGAAGCGACAAUUUGAAACGGAAUUGGAGCCCAUUCGAGUUGUCAUACCUAUGCUAAUGAGGAUGUUUGACUGUGGGAUGUUUACAAUCAAGUUCAUCGAGUUUUUGCAUGCUGGGAAGGAUGUUAAAGGCGUAGAGCAAAAAAUGAUUCCCUCUUGGCGUAUCAAACUAGUAGCUGAAAUUUUUGCACAGCAUUUUGAUCCUUAA